AUGCUUCAGCGUGAACGCUACAAAAUUUGGAAGCAAGCGUACAAUAAUUUAGCGAACAAUCAUUCUAUUACGAUUAUCAUAAAACGUUUCGUGCGCGGCGCCACGGUGUCGCGGUGGCGCGAGGAACUAUCGCGGCGUCUCGGCCGGCGCGGCCUUCGCUUUGAACCUUUACCUAUACGUAUAACUAUUUCUCCGGCAUCGUUGCAUCAACAAUACGCCUCGCUUGACCACGCCGAAUGCCACCGUUGCUCGUGCGGCCCCGUGCGAGAUUCUGUUAGCUUAGCUACGUCAGACUGGGGAAGUGACAUUCGACGUCGACGCUCGCGGAGAAAAAACUAA